AUGAUGAUGGAUACUACUGUCGACACAGACGGUACAGCGUUUAUUUGUCCUGAAUGUAGUUUCAAUGGUACAAGCUUGCCUGAAUUAAUUAGUCAUUUAAAUGAAGCACACAGUGAAGAAACAGCCAGUAAAAGUGAAGCACCACCAAAAAAUGUAUCAUUAUUAUCAAAUGAAAAACGAUCCAGACGUAAACCGGCAUUUAGUCAUCAAAUUAUUUCUCAAGCACCACGGCAAUCAUUACCAAUAUUUAAACAAUCGAAUGUCGAUCCAGGCUCUAUUCAUUUUUGGAAUCGUAUUAUCGCAGCAGAUAAAAAUGAUCGAAGAUUUACUGAGCCUAAUGUAAUUCGAAAUGAAAAUUUUGUGCAUUCAAAUCUUACUUCACAACGACCAAUAGCACCAAAAAGUGCCAGUAAUAGUCCAACAAAACCAAUUAAUUCCACUCCUAUUCUUCCAUCACCUUCCUUUUAUUCAUCAGCAAUACAACCAAUUCAAAAAAAUUUUCAAUGUCGAAUUUGUCAUUUAACUUAUAAAAAUUUUCAUGAUUGCACAGCACAUAUACGUCGAAAACAUGAAAUAAGUCAUGCACAAGCCGGUCGAUAUGUUGGAAAACUUGACACAAAUGUACCAUUACCACCAUCGGCAACAGGACAUUAUAAAAUUCGUCUUAAAGUUAAAUCUUUACCUCCACAACCACCACCACCGACAACAACAGUUGAAAAUUUUACAAAAGCAUAUCAAUGUAAAUAUUGUUCAUAUACAACAUCUUGGUUAAAAGAUAUUUCACAACAUGAAAUACAAUGUCAGAGAAAUUAUUCUUCACAUACACAAGAAGCCAUCAUACACAAUAAUAAUAAUAAUAAUAAUAAUAAUAAUAAUAAUAAUAAUAAUAAUAAUGACGACGACGAUGAUAAUGGUUUAUCAGCACUUUUAAUUGAUAAUGUACAAUCAUAUGGUGAAGUUCUUCCAAAUGGAAAUGAUGAAAUGAUUAUGAUUGAGGAAGAUAUUGAUGAUGAUGAAGAUGAUGCUCUUUGGAAAUAUCAACAAGAAAUCAAUAAUUUACCUGAAUCAACACAAAAUAAUAAAAAUUCAUUUACAAAAUCUUUUAAAAAAUUUCAAUGUCCACAUUGUGAACAUUCUUCACCAACAUUAACUAAACUUAAACUUCAUAUUGCAACACAUAUUAAUAUUAAACCAUUUAUGUGUUCAAUUUGUGGUUGGCGUGCAAAUCUUCGAUGGUAUAUUCAGUGUCAUGCAAAAAAACGACAUCCAAAUCAAAAUUUUGAAGUCUUACAAUUAUCUCAUGAAGAAGCUGAACAAACUAUAAAUGCAUAUAUGAGAGAACGUGCAUUUGAUACAAAAUUACAUAGUCGUCAUGAUUCCAAACAUCAAUAUCAAUGUUCAUUAUGUCAAUUUCGUUCAAAUCAUCCACGAUAUAUAGAACAACAUAUUGAAGCAAAUCAUACAAAAAUGAUUAAACCAAAUAAUAAUCAUACAAAUAUAAUUUCAUCUGAUACAAAUUCUCAACAUUUAUCCAAUUCAUCAAAUGUUGUUUAUCAAAAAUUUUCAUCACAUCCUAAUUUUAAUCCAAAUCGUUUAUAUUAUUGUUCAUUAUGUUAUCGUGGUUAUCGUUGGCGUUAUGAUGUUAAACGUCAUCAUAAAACAAUGCAUGAAACAUCAGAAGAUGAAUUAUUAAAAAAUCGAAAUUUUCAUUAUUUAGAAUAUAUUCCACAAAUUGAUAGUCUUAUAUCAGCAACAAUGUCAAGUAUAAAUAAUCAAUUAAAACAUGAAAAUGAUAUUGAAGAUGAUGAUGAUUUAAAAAUAAGUAUAGCUGAUGCAAGAACAGUUGAUGUUACUGAUGAUGAAGCUGCUGCAUUAUUAAUGAUUGAACCUAAUAAAUCUGAUACAAGUCAAAUUGUUGUUGAUGAUCAUCCUGAAGAUUCAGUUAUUAUAUUUGAAGAUGAUCGAAUAGAUAAAUCAACAUCAUCAGAAAUACCAAAAUCAUCUUCUCGUCCAUCAUUUAAACCUUAUCGUUGUCCAUAUUGUUUUUAUCGUACAAAUUGGCGUACAGAUUGUUUACGUCAUAUACGAGCACGACAUAAAGUUGAACCAAAUUUAAAUGGUUAUUAUGAAAUGUCAAGUGAAGAAGCUGAAAAAACCUAUGAUGAAUAUGAACGUACAUUUGGUUUUGUUGUAUCGAAAAAAGUUUUAGCUCGUUUUACAGAUUUUCGUCAAAUUAAAUGGGAAGAUUUAAAAAAAUCAAUUUGGGAAAAAAUUAAAGAUAAAACUGAAUUUGAACAAUGUAUUUAUGAUCGUCUUCGUCCAGAUAAUUAUACAUCAACAUCUGCAUUAGAAACAUCAACACAACCACUUAUUGUAACAAUACCAAAUAAAAUAUCAAUAUUAAAACCUAAAAGAAUAUUUACUUGUAUGGAUUGUGCAUUUCAUUCAUCGAAAAUUCAUGAAUUAGAUAAACAUAUUUGUUCAAAAGUUCAAAAAUCUCAACAAGGAAAACCUCAUGGAAAAUUUGUUGUUUCUUUAUAUCAAUGUACAAAAUGUUCAUAUCGUACAGUAAAUACAAAUUAUGCCCGACAACAUAUUUAUCUUCAUCGAUUAAAGCAUAAUAAGAAAAAUGUUUUUUAUUAUUGUUCAUUCUGUGGAUAUAAUCAUCGAUAUCGAACAAAAAUUAUUUUACAUAUUGCAAAAAAACAUUCGAAAAAAAAUUCUUCAAAUAAUUUAAUUCCAUGUCAUUAUGCAUGUGAUGCUGAUUUUUCAAUACGACAAACAAUUUUAAAGAGAUCAUUUAUUGAACAACAAUUGAAAAAACCACGAAGUUUUUAUUGUAUUUAUUGUCCGUAUAUAUCAACAACAAUUCUAGAAUAUGAUCAUCAUCGAUCAUGUCAUCAAGAGAAUUCAUUAAAUAUAUAUAAAUGUCAUCAUUGCUCAUUUGCGUCAAAUUCUCUAGCAUAUACUAAUCAACAUAAAUUAAUUCAUUCGAAACAAGCUCGAUCAUUAUCAUUAGAUAGUGAUAUGAAAAAUUUGAAACAAAUUCCUGUAUCAACAAUUUAUAAAGAAACUCUUGGUAAAAGUCAUCGUUAUAAUUGUCCAUUUUGUAAAAAAUUUGCAUCAAGUUAUUCAUCAGCUGUACUCCAUCAUAUUAAAAAUGUUCAUGCUGGAAACAGUAAUCAAUUUCAUGGUAGUUUAAUAAUCGGUUCAGAUAUGGCUAAAGAAAUACUUUUCUUAGGAGGUAAAUGA